CUUUUGUCAUCCCGGGCACUUCGCGGGUGGUUCUUUUAUUAUGUAGAUUUCUUGUCUUCUGAUGCAUGGGUCCUCGGGUCUUUUCGUUGUCUAAAACAAGCCGACCCCUGCAGACAGCGUUGGGUGGUUCCAGGGCUGACACUUAUGCAGUCAUCAUUGGCAUCCUAGACUUGAGUCAAACCACGCGUUAUGGAUAAAAGGACCCGAUCCCUCCGACAUGCGAGCAUCCGAGUGAGUUAAACGACCCGAUGCAAAUCCAAGCUCUUUCACAACGCUGGAGACUUCUCUUCUAGGAAAAAGUCUCUUGCAUCCCUCAAACCCGACUUUUAACUCCUGCAACCGGCUCAUGCUAUCCCCACUUACCCCCCGGCAUGUUUAAUCACCGGGCGGUAGAUAUUACCCUGGCCGCCGCCGCUGACCAGUGUUUGAUAAUGCAAGGGACACCAACUGGAGGGACCUCGUCGGAGAGGACAUUGUCGUCAUCAAGCUCGUGCGAUUGCGAACGUGAGAUUUUGCGGAUCGCCAACCUCUGUCAGCAUUACGCCCAGGUUUCUUCUCAUGACCCCCUCGUCUCGUCGCCACAGCGGGCGAUGUCGCCACCUGUGCCGUCGAUAACGCCUUUGACAGGGCUCAACGUCGCCCAGGGCGCUAAUGUCGGUGCACCAAUGAGCUCGUUCCUAUCUGCAACGCUUACCAUAGCAUUCGACUUGGUACAGCACUGGGGUACGCUCAACGGAUGCCCGAAUAACGAAUCGCACCUCAAGCCUCACACGUUAAGUUCCAUGGUGGACGCGAUCGGGUUGGUUCUGCGAGGGCACGAGUUGGCCGUCGUUGCGGCGUCCACGUCGGAAUCCCAGCAGUCGCAGAGGGCGACGAUUGGAAAUCUAGAGCUUGAGUCCUCGGAGAGUGCCAUUGUCGUGCAGGAGUGCCUGAAAGCGUCCAUAGUCAGACUUGCUGCAAUGUUACAGGAUAUAGCAGAGGAGGCCCAGAACCAAAGCCCGAGCCUGCAUCCACUCAAAGAUAGCGAUAUCAAGAGUCUCAUGACGAGGCUGUUUGUAACGCUCGCCAGUGUAGAUAGGAUGGUUACGAUAUAGAUAAGAAUGACCUGAAUACAAACGAGUCUCAUACUGAAGUCACGUCUUGACAUCAGCUUAUGCCUUGGGUCUGC